GCUUAAAAAACUAAAACAUUAAUCUCAGAAUUUUAAAGUGACAAACUGCUGAAAUAAACUUAGUUUGUUUUUAUUUUUAACAAUUCUUAAAAAUUCUUAUGACCCAUUAUGGCUAAGAAUAUGGCGGAAAAUAUUACCCUUGCUGCCAACUGCAUUUUAUGUAGCGACCCGGAUGAUGGAAACAUGAUAACCUGCUCUAAAUGCCUUCACUGUUUCCAUAGUAGCUGUUGUGACCUUAACGACGAAGUUGAUAUAUUUAGAUGGAAAUGCCAGGAUUGUUUUGCUGCGAUAGCACAACAAGAUGACUCACAUAACCCCAAAACACUACACAGUACAAAUGAAUCUAGUGUUGAAGUUAUUGAGACACCAAAACAGCAUCCACAAACAUCAACAAGUCCAACAACAAAACACACACUAGCAGUCCAGCGGGGUAUUAGUAUUAGAAAAAAGCUUGAACUGCAGCAGCUAGAGGAGGCGAUGUUGUUAAAACAGGAGUUUUUGAGACGUAAGUACCAAUUACUACGUGAUGAAGCUGAUAAAUGUCAACAGAUCGACAAUGUACGGCCAGUGUGUAAGAGUAACAAAAAUGCCACAAUAGAUGACCCACCGUGUGUACAAAGUUGUCAACAAAAUGUAAAUAUUAGCAGACUCCAAGAAAGUACGUCAUUAAAUAGUUCCACCUUUGGGCGAGUUGCCAAUUUAAGUGACGAUUACCAUCCUUUAGCACAGACACGAACCAUUUCCCCAGUUACUACAAUAAGUGGCAGCACUACAGAAAACUGUCAAAACAUCAAUAAUGAUGACGUCAUUCAACAAAACAGGAAUGUUACAGGCUGUCAACAGAUGGGAUUUAAUACAAUUGUAAACAACACACAAUCAUUAAAUUAUUUAAGAGCAACAAAUAAUUGUGGGAAUAAUUAUUUAAAUACGACGGCGACCCAAUUAAUGUCACGGCAAUAUGUUUGCAAAGAUUUGCCAUGCUUUAACGGAGACCCGAAAGAAUGGCCAAUAUUUAUAAGUGCCUAUGAACACAGCACUCAGGCAGCCGGCUACACAAAUGAAGAAAACCUCAUAAGACUACAAAACAGCCUACGUGGUAAGGCACGGGACGCAGUAAGGAAUUGUUUAAUGCUCCCGGAUAUGGUUCCAGAUAUUAUUAGAACUCUAAAAAUGUAUUAUGGCAGACCCGAGUGUAUUAUAAAAAACUUAAUUGAGGAAGUGCGCUCGUAUUCAAUACAGCGGGGCAAAUUGGAGUCCCUAAUAGAAUUUUCAUUCGCGGUGAAAAAUCUUACUGCCACUAUUCGUGCAUCGCAUUUAGAACAAUAUUUAAUUAACCCUACCUUUUUGCAGGAGCUAGUAGACAAACUACCAACAGACACAGUACUACAGUGGGCUUUAUAUUCCAAAGAUAUUCCCCAUCCUAAUUUGACAAAUUUUUCAGACUGGUUGUAUAUGGUAGCAGAGGCUACUUGUAAAGUGACUGUUCCUGUAUUUGACACCAACAAUAACAAAAAGCCAGCAAAGAAAGAGGGGCGUUUAAACACACAUAAGUCGCAGACCCUACAGUAUCAGUGUAUAAUUUGUAAAGACCCACAUAAACUGACCCAGUGCGAAAAAUUCAAGGAGCUGUCUGUUGCUGAACGUUGGGAUACAGUCAAGGUAAACAAUUUAUGUCGCGUCUGCCUUGGAAAACACAGGCGCAGGUGCUGGUUUCAGAAACAAUGUGGGGUAAACGGUUGUACUGUACGACACAAUGCAUUAUUGCACAAUGAUGAGCAGUCAUCAGGUGGUAUAGUUAAUAACCAUAGAUCUUCUAGUGAAGGUGAGUCCUUUUAUUGUGUAGUACCAGUGACGCUUUAUGGAGGAAACAAAUCUGUCCAAAUAUACGCUCUUAUGGACGAUGGCUCGACUCUUACACUUUUAGAGGAGAAGAUCGCUAACCUUUUAGGUGUGAAAGGUAUUAAUGAUCCACUUUGCAUAAGAUGGACUGGUGACGUCACUCGCUAUGAAAAUGACUCUAAAAGGUUGGAUUUAAAUAUUUCUCCAGCUAGACACAAUUCGAAGAUUUUCCCAAUCAGCAACGUGCAUACCGUAAAAAGUUUAAAUUUAUCAAGUGAGACUAUGAAUGUCGAAGGUGUCAAAAAGAAAUAUACUUAUCUCAAAGACAUUCCACUGGAAGGUUAUAGCAAUGUAGUACCAUCUAUGAUAAUUGGUGUGAAUAACCCAAAUUUAAUUACAUCUAUUAAAGUACGCGAAGGUGGCUGACGGCAACCAGUGGCAUCGAAAAC